AUGGCCAUUUCAAGAAUAUUCCUAAUUCUCACAUUGUUUUACUACUUUUCAACAUCAAUUCUAGCAGCAAACCCUACCUACCAUGUGCUUUCCUACGGUGCAAAAGCAGACGGAAAAUCCGAUUGCGCCAAGGCCUUUGAAGCUGCCUGGGGCGCUGCCUGUGCCAUAACGUCUCCGGCCACCAUAUAUGUGCCGCAGGGGAGGUACAUCUUGGGAAACGCAUAUUUCGAAGGCAAUGAGUGCAAAAAUAAUGCCAUAACCAUACAGAUUGAUGGGACUCUUACUGCUCCAUUUGAUUACAAUGUCAUUGGUAAUAGUAACCACUGGUUGACGUUCAAAAAGGUCACCGGAGUUUCUAUCCGCGGUGGAACCCUAGAUGGUCUUGGCGCCAAUUUGUGGGCCUGCAAAGAUUCCGGCAAGACGUGUCCAGAAGGAGCAACGUCUAUGGCGUUUCUCAAUUCGAACAAAAUAAGCAUCAACGGAUUAACCUCCAUUAACAGCCAAAAGUUCCACAUGAUCUUCGAUGGCUGUAACGACGCAAAACUCCAAAACAUCAAAAUCUCUGCGCCCAACGAAAGCCCCAACACCGACGGAAUUCACAUUGCGCGGUCGUCAUUAGUUAGCAUCACCAACUCCCGCAUUGCCACCGGCGACGACUGCAUCUCUAUGAGUCCUGGAACAUCCAAUGUGUUUAUCCAAAAUGUCGCUUGUGGCCCGGGCCAUGGCAUAAGCAUUGGAAGUCUAGGUUGGGUAUUGAAUGAAGCAGGGGUGGAAAAUGUGACGGUGAAAUCGUGUGUUUUUAGUGGAACACAAAAUGGUGUGAGGAUAAAGACGUGGGCAAGGCCUAGCAAUGGAUUUGUUAACAAUAUUUAUUACGAGGAUCUCACUAUGGUUAAUGCUAAAAACCCUAUUGUCAUUGACCAGAACUACUGCCCCAACAAUCAAAAUUGUCCCAAACAGUCGUCGGGUGUGAAGAUUAGUGGUGUGACGUAUAAAAACAUACUUGGAACAUCGGCGACGGAACUUGGAGUGAACUUGGAGUGCAGUAAAACAGAACCGUGCACCGGAAUUACGUUAGAUAACAUAGUGCUAAAACACAAGAAUGAAGCAGCUAAUGUUGUCUGUGAAAACGCCGUUCAGAAUAUGAACGGAGUAGUCAAUCGAUUGAAAUGUCAACCUAAGAAGUAG